GUGGAGACAAUAUAAUUAACAACAUCGUAUGUCUCUCUCUCUCUCUCUCUCUCUCUCUCUAUAUGCACACCCCCCUUAUUCCUUCUAUAACUUACUUCCAGAAUGUUUCUUCUGUGUAUUUAACCAAAACCCACUCAUCAAAUCAACCAAUAUCCUCCCCUCCAUGAUAUAGAUAGACACAUAUAUCCUAACCCAAUCAAGAGCCAAACUGACUUGACCCUACAGAAAAAGAAAAAGAAAGAAAAAAGAAAGAAAGAAAAAAAAAAAAAGAAAAAAACAACCCAUCUCCAACCCAACCAUGCCCUCCAUAGUCCAAACCCCCGACAGCUCCCCGCUAACCCCGCGCAUCACUAAAUUCACAAACUGCCGCCUCCCGCUCAACGGCCAGCUCAUCGAGCAGGAUCUCUGGGUCGAUUCCGCCUCCGGCAAAAUCCUCCAGGACCAGCAGGCCUUCUACGAGUUCCAGCUCAGCCCGGACCAGACCGUCGACCUGGGCGGCCGCAUCCUGGCCCCCGGCUUCCUCGACGUGCAGAUCAACGGCGCGAAGGGGUUUGAUUUCUCCGUGCCGCAGGCGACGAGGGAGAAGUAUGAUGCGGGUUUCAGGAAGGCGUGUCUGGCGCUGGUGAGGAUGGGGGUUACGUCGUUUUUGCCGUCGGUGACGAGUCAGGCGGCGGCGGUUUAUAAGACGGUCCUACCAUCCCUAGGCCCCUCUGGCGGAUCCCGCCGCGCGGAGGACGGAGCGGAAUCUCUCGGCGCACACGUCGAAGGGCCCUUCCUCAGCCCGGGUAAAAAUGGCAUCCACACCUCCAGCGUCCUCCUCGCCGCCACCAACGGCUUCCAGGACUUAAUAGACUGCUACGGCGAAGAAAACCUCCUUAUCCCCCAAGAUGCCUCCACCCCUACAACCGCCUCCGCCUCCGCCUCCUCCGCAGUCUCAACCACCACCACCACCAUCGCCACCACCAAUAAUCCUAAUAACAACCCAAGCCCAAACAUAAAAAUGAUCACCGCCGCCCCCGAAGUCGGCGUCAUGAACUCCCUCAUCCCCCCGCUCACCGCCCAAAACAUAAUCUUCUCCAUCGGCCACUCAGACGCCACCUACGAACAAGCCCUCGACGCCCUCGCCGCCGGCGCAACCAUGAUCACCCACCUCUUCAACGCCAUGCGGCCCUUCUACCACCGCCACCCGGGCAUCUUCGGCCUGCUGGGCAAGCAGUCCCAGCAGGCCACCCGCCCCUUCUACGGCCUAAUCGCCGACGGCAUCCACCUGCACCCGACCAGCAUCCAGAUCGCCUACCACGCGCACCCGGCGGGCAUGGUGCUGGUGACGGACGCGAUGAAGCUGUGCGGCAUGCCCGACGGCGUGUACGAGUGGACGAACGGGGAGCGCAUUGUCAAGAGCGGCGCGCUGCUGACGCUGGAAGGGUCGGCGGAGGGGAAGAUUGCGGGGUCCUCGGCGACGCUGAUUGAGUGUGUGAAUAAUUUUCGGAGGUGGGCGGGCACGGGGGUGGUGGAGGCGGUGCGGGCGGUGACGGAGACGCCGGCGCGCAUGCUCGGGGUGGAUGGGGUCAAGGGGGUGUUGACGCCCGGGGCGGAUGCGGAUUUGGUGGUUUUGGGGGAGGAUGUGGAGGGGUCGUUGACGGUUGAUCAGGUUUGGAAGUUUGGGGUGAGGGUUUUUGAUCGGGAGAAGGAUGGGGAGCGGGAGGAGGUGUGAAUGUGGAUGCGAGGGGGUGAAAAGGAGGAGAGCUGGGAGGGAGAGAGGGGGCGGUUUUGGAUGUUAGCCUCCCACCAGGCUCUGCAUAUUCCUCGGGGAAGUUGCUGCUCUGUCUUGUUUCAUUAUGUUUGCUUUCAUGAUCUAUCCGCAUGGGAUAUCUUUCUCCCCCCCCCCCCUUUUUUUUUUUCUUUUCUUCUUCUUUGCACUGCGAAGAUAUAUAUUUUGCCAUGAUUAGUUGAUAUACAGAUUGAAAAAUAAGUGCCCUAAAGAGUUUUUGAUAGAGAUAUUAUAGAUAAAAACGAGUUCAUUCAUGUACAGUACGUUUUACAUAUAUAGUUGAAUACCAUUUUUUCUGCCUUCCUUGAACCCC